CAAAACAUCAAGAAACUGAAACAAUCUUAAGUUUCAGAUAAAUGUCUUGAUAAUCGUAUGUCAAGGUAACAUCAUGGCUUAUGGUUCAUGGAGAAAGAUAACUGCGCUCGUCAACAUUCUAUUCUUACUUGAUUUUGAUGUCGCGGAAUUAGCUCCAAACUAUACCUUCAUGCAUGAAGCAAACGAAGCCCCGAGGGUUUCGUUGUUCGACUACAUUGUUAUCGGAGGAGGUACCACUGGUAUCCCGAUAGCCACCACCCUAUCCUCCAACUACUCGGUUUUAUUACUUGAACGUGGUGGCUCACCUUACAACGAUCCCAACAUCACCGACGUAAACAAUUUUGGUCUCUUCUUCUUUGACACAUCACCGGAUUCACCCGCUCAACAGUUUACAGCUGAAGGUGUUCCAAAUGCACGAGCUCGUGUGUUGGGUGGUGGGACAUCAAUCAAUGGUGGUUUUUACUCUCGUGGUGAAGCAAAAUUCAACAUGGAGGCCAAAUUAAUGGAUAAAGAUUUGAUCCAAGAUUCCUAUGAGUGGACCGAAAAAGUUAUGGUUUUUGAGCAGGUUGUGAAGGAUUGGCAAUCGACACUUCGAGCUGGUCUUGUUGAAGCCGGGGUCACACCUGACAAUGGGUUUACUUAUGAUCACCUCAUUGGUACUAAAUUGAGUGGUACUAUAUUUGAUGAAAAUGGUACUCGACAUACAGCUGCUGAUUUGCUACAGUAUGCAAAUCCUGAAGGGUUGUCUCUUUUUCUACACGCAACGGUUCACAAAAUUUUAUUCAAACAUAAAGGUAUGUAUAAAUCUUUUAAGACAUAGUUAUAAAUAUAUAGGGAAGAUGACUAAUA